AUGGCCGGCCCAGCUCGGCCUGCCUCUUCCCUCCCUGCGAGGCGGACAGGUUUGCGCCAGCCGACUCGACGUGCAGGAUCCGCCGUACCGGAACAACGAGGAGUGUCGCCCGCAGUCACAUCAAAGUCUACGACAUCAGCAGGGGCCGCUCUUACUGCGCGCCCUUCAAAACCCAGCCCCGACCAUUCUAACGCGACAGCAAAGCGACAAGAGCGAGAAUUCGAACGGGAAAUCAACGAGAACACAAGUAUUCAUGUCGUGGUGCGUUGUCGCGGUAGAAAUGACCGCGAGAUCAAGGAGAAUAGUGGUGUUGUGCUGUCUACCGAAGGAGUCAGCGGAAAGCAGGUUGACCUGUCUAUGGGCCCCAAUUCACUUUCAAACAAGACAUAUGCCUUCGACAAGGUUUUCUCCCCAGCCGCUGACCAAACCGUGGUGUUUGAAGAAACUGUUACGCCGAUUAUCAAUGAGAUGCUGGCAGGCUUUAAUUGUACCAUCUUCGCAUACGGUCAGACUGGCACCGGAAAGACAUACACCAUGUCCGGAGACAUGACUGACACCCUGGGAAUCCUGUCUGACGACGCGGGUAUUAUUCCACGCACCCUCUAUUCUCUGUUUCACAAACUCGAAGGCACCGAAAGCACAGUCAAGUGCUCUUUCAUCGAGCUCUACAACGAAGAACUACGUGAUUUGCUCUCUUUCGACGAUAACACCAAAUUGAAGAUUUUUGAGAAUGAGAAGAAGGGCCAUGCCGCCACUAUGGUGCAAGGAAUGGAAGAAACCUACAUCGAUUCCGCAUCUACCGGUAUUAAGCUAUUGCAGAUGGGUAGCCUGAAGCGACAGGUUGCUUCGACAAAAUGCAACGAUUUGAGUUCUCGCAGCCACACCAUUUUCACAAUCACUGUUCUUACAAAUCGAACAAGCGAGUCCGGCGAAGAUUAUGUUAGCUCUGGGAAGCUGAAUUUGGUUGACUUGGCUGGAAGUGAAAAUAUCGGGAGGAGUGGCGCAGAAAACAAGCGCGCAGCUGAGGCUGGUCUGAUCAAUAAGAGCUUACUAACGUUGGGGCGAGUCAUCAACGCGUUGGUGGACAAGAGCUCGCAUAUCCCGUAUCGGGAGUCGAAACUCACACGGUUGUUACAAGAUUCGCUGGGUGGUCGUACCAAGACAUGCAUCAUUGCCACAGUCUCGCCUGCACGCGGCAAUCUGGAAGAGACGAUUUCGACACUAGAUUACGCUUUCCGGGCAAAGAACAUCCGUAACAAACCACAGAUCAACUCCCUUGUCUCGAAGAACAAGCUACUUCGGGAGGUCGGAAUGGAAUUCCAAAAAUUGAAGAGCGAGCUCAUUGCUACACGCCACCGCAACGGUGUGUACAUGACGCCGGAAGCAUAUGAAGAGAUGACUAUGGAAAGCGAGUCUCGCAGAAUCGUUAACGGAGAACAACGUGCAAAGAUCGAAUCGAUGGAGUCAAGUCUACGACACAAGGUCCAAGAGUUAUUUGCGCUCACUGGAAAUUUUAACACCUUGAAGGGCGAUAAUGAGAGUACUCAGAAUAAACUCAGGACCACGAGAGGUGCCCUGGACGAGACUGCACGGAACCUGAAGAACGUCUCUGAGAAGCUAGAAGAGGAGAUGACAGUUCGUAGGGCUCAUCAACUCACUGAAAAAAGGCUGCGUGAGAUCGGAACGGAUAUUUUGGCAAUGCUGGAUAGCACCGUUGAUGAUGUUUACGGACUUCAUGCCAAAAUAGACCGCAAAGAUGAUUUGGAAACCGACAAUCGCCAUACAUGGCAGACAUCCACUGGACAAGUUUGCACUGUAACUGAAAAGAUUGAUGCUCGGAUGGAAAACUUUCAAGCGCAGCAUGCCCAGCUACUCGAGAGCAUAUCUACCCGCAUCCAUGAAUUUAUUGGCAGUGAACUUGGUGCGGUUCAGGCAGCCCGCUCUCAGCUUCAAGAAUACGACUCCACCUUUGACAAGGUCGCAGCUGAAGCCAAGAUCCAGACUAGCGGUGCACAUGAUGAGAUGAAUGAGGUUCUUGAGGAGAUUAAAGUUCUUCGAGAGGAUGUCAAGACAAAGGUUGGUGAAGGGUUGAACGGGCUGUCGGCUGCAGCUGCGCGGAUUUCCGAGGAGGUCAUUGGUGAAUUCUCCCAGUUUCACUUGCAGUUACACUCGUCCUACAGUGCCCUUGGAAAGGAUUUCAAGAGCAUGUUCGACACCAUGGCAAGUCAUCUGGAACAACAAAAGAACGAGGUCCACCGUCUUCGAGUCGAACUUCAGGAAUCCAAUCGCCAAGCAGUGGAGGCGAACCGCAAAGCCUCAUCUAGCCUAGCGCAGGUGAUGGAAGAGGAACAGGCCUGUGCUCAGGAUGAACGCGACAAUCUCAUGUCUCAGAUCCGAAGCUUGCUCGAAGAUUCAAGCCAAAGGCAAUCCGCUCGUCUCAAGACCAAGGUCGACGGGCUUCGUAACGACAUUUCCACUUCUGGAGAUUGUCUGGAGCAAGCAACUGUUCAAUAUGAUCGACACGUUGACGAGUGGAUCUUCAAGGAAGAACAGUUUACCAAGGAUGUUAUCACAUCCCGAGAUGAUAUUAAGACCAAGAUGCAACAUGAUUGGGAAACAUUCGAUCAACGCAAUGCUGCAAUCCAGCGCACCACCGAGUCUGUGCACCAAGAGACUGUUCGUAUUGUGGAUGCCCAAAUGAGUGACAUGAGCAAGCAAAUGGAGGCCCUCGAUGAUUUUGUUGCCAAGGCGCGAUCUCACAAUGGCCGCUUCCAUGAAGCACAGCUCGGUAGUCUGGCUGCGAUCAAUUCGAGCGUGCGAGGCUCCCGGGAAGCUAUCCAGGGUCAGUUGGAUAGCUUUGGGGAACGUGCUGGUCAGCUUCAGGGUGACAUCGAUUUACAUACUGCGAAUAUGAAACAGUGCACAGCACCUCUGCAAGAGGAGGUCCGUCAGCCUCUCGUCGACCUUCGGGGCAACUUUGAGAGCCACCCCAUGAAGGAAUACAUCCCAUCUGGCGUCACGCCAAAGAGACGCAAGUACGAGUACCCUUCAACUCUGCCACGUACUGAGUCCCACGAGGGCCUCCGUUCCCGACACCGCACAUCCAAGCAGUUUACUGCACUUCCGUUCAGUGAGGAAGAAGACACUCAACCAGAGCCUGUCUCUAGCCCUCCCGCUACAUCCCCUACAAAAGCCUACGUAUAUAGCGACCCUGUGGAGGAGCCAGAGACCCGGCGAUCAUCAACUGCGGUGACCUAUAACAACACCGGUCUUAGGGAGGUCGAUCUAAACGUCGCCAAAUCCCUCGCUGACGUUGACGAGAACUCCGUCCCCAGCAAGCCCGAUACUCCCCUUCAGACCCCAGUCAUGGAGCUGGAAAAUACCCCUAGAGACGAACCUGAGCAGGUAACUCUCAAGCGCCGCCGUUCUGACUCGAUCAGCACAAACAACAGUGUCGAGAGCAAGCUUCCUCAGAAGAUGCUCUCCAAGAAGAUGUCUGGCAUGAUGGAGGGCCGCGAGAACGUGCCCCCGUCCGCUGUCCCCGGUCGACGCUUCUACCGCAAUCGCGCUCCGAACUAA